AUGUCAUCCUCCGGUCUCAGUACGCCAACCUCAGAAUCAGAUUUAUGCUUCUCAGGGGUCUCAACUCCCGCAACUGAGCAUUCUGUACUUUUUGAUGAUGACUUCAAUUUCACGACAUCCGCUCAAGUCACAAAACCCAUCACAGACGACUUCAUACUGGUUGUUGGGGGACUCGGCUAUAUUGGCUCACACACGUCUUUUGAGCUGUUAAAGACCGGUCAAAACAUAAUCAUCAUCGACAAUCUCUCAAAUUGUAACCUACAGGCUUUGAAAAAUCUCGAAAUUCUCAGGGAUAAUCACUUCAGAACUCAAGACGCUCGGCCAACCAUUGAUUUCUAUUCAGCAGACUUUCGAAAUCAAGUCGCAAUCAAUACGAUCCUGACCAAAUAUCAAAAUGAACGACCUAGACAUGCGGGACCCCCAUAUUGUUCAAAAUCGAAGAUCAGUGGAGUAAUUCAUUUUGCUGGCUACAAAUCUGUUAGUCAGUCUUUCCAAAAACCGCUGGAGUACUACGCGAACAACGUUGCUGGGAUGGUCGAAUUUCUGACCACACUUUCAAAAUUCGACAUCAAAACCUUUGUUUUCUCCAGCUCAGCAACAGUCUAUGGCGAACUUGCCAACAGCGGAAACCGCCUGGUCGAAACUCAAUGCGAUGCUACGUCCUGUUCUGGGCUCACCAAUCCAUACGGUCGAACCAAAUGGAUGUGCGAAGCCAUUCUCAAUGACCUAGCAGUUUCAGAUCCAGAGUGGACAAUCAUGGCUCUUCGAUACUUCAAUCCAAUAGGUUGCGACGAGUCUGGAAUGCUAGGAGAGAAUCCCAAGGACACGCCUAAUAACCUCAUGCCAAUAGUGGUUCAAGCGAUGAAAGGCGAACGCGAACAUCUCGACAUAUUCGGUACAGAUUGGGAUACUCGUGAUGGAACGGCAAUUCGGGAUUUCAUCCACGUCAGUGACUUGGCAUCUGGUCAUCUCGCUGCACUGCGAGCUACGAAGAGAGAGAAUUUUGGACCUGGAUUUCAUGUUUACAAUCUGGGUACCGGAACCGGCCAUUCUGUCAUGGAGAUUGUCACUGCUAUGCAAAGUGCUUCUGGUCGCACGAUACCGACUAAGUUGUCACCGAGGCGAGGAGGAGACGUGGGCAUUUGCGUCGCAGAGCCCUCAAAGUCUGCAGUGAAUCUCAAUUGGAAGACAAGGAAAACACUGGAGCAAGCUUGUUGGGAUAUAUGCCGGUAUAUUGGAAAAUCGAGGAAAAAGACUUCUGCUGCUGUCUGA